AGUGUAGUUGCGUUUUUGUUUCGGUGUAUCAACCCUGGAGGACGCGAUCGCUCUUCGGAAUGUGUUUCGGGAUAGCGAGGAUAUCUCUAGGACAUGAAGGUGAUUUAUCAAUGGGGAUUUUUUGGUUGUGUUCAGGGAUUGUUGUAGAUUGAGCGGUUUUUGUUCUUAGAUCGCAGAACGUUUUCGAGGGGAUUAGUGUGUUUUUUUUGUUUUAUUUUCAAGUCGUUAUAAGAAAAAGUGCUGUUAAAAUUGCGUGUUUCAUUUUUUUUUAGUUUUUCGUUAUAAUCCCCCAUAAUUUUUAUGGAUACCACUAUUCUAAUGAAUUUUUAUGAACAUAACAGACGGUUUUGUGGAAAUUCCAUAUAAUAUUUGACACAAAUUCCACGUGAACUUUUAAAGAUUCUCAAUUAUUACUCAAUUCAUAAAAACAUGUUAACAAAGCUGUCAUGUACGGGUUUUACCUUGAAAUUGGAGAUAAUACCGCUUGAAAGUGAGUCAAUAACGAUGAAACAGCAUUUAAUUUUCCAUAAUGUGCUCGAACCCUCAGAACAUCGUUUCCCUCUAUAAUAAACGGUAUUGUAAACGAUGUGUGGCCCAAUAAAGGCGAAAUCCAGUCCAUAUUCUCGGCGAACAACUAUUUACACACACCUACAAAAUGGAACUCUGAACUGUGACGGAGCUCGUAAUUCGGCCAAUUUCCGAUAAUAAUACGUUUUACUUGUGCUGUAGUGCAAAUGAUCAGAAACUUUUGUGAUUUAACAUGUUGACAGACGUGUAAUAAUAAUAUGGACAGUGAAUUAAAUUUGUAACUAUGAGUGAUCGUAAAUUGACUUUACGUUUGUUCAAGCAGUUUUAUGUGUUGAUAUUGAUGUUAGGAUUUGCACCAAUUAUGUCAGGAUUCAACUGGGAAGAGGACUCCAAUAACAAUACUAACUAUAUACUUUCACCUGCCUUUGAUGAUAUAUUUACGAGAGAAAUCCACGCAACUGUAGGUCAGACACUUCUUCUUCCUUGUACAGUUAGGAAUCUAGGGAAUAAAGUGGUGUCAUGGAUAAGAAGUAGGGAUUUGCAUAUUCUCACGUCUAGUCGACAUACUUUCUCCAGCGACCGGCGAUUCGAGUCAGUGCACACUGACAGCUCCGGGGAUUUUUGGGGUUUGAGGAUACGUGGUGCACAUGUCGCAGAUACGGGACAAUACGAGUGCCAAGUUAAUACUGAACCAAAAAUGAGUUUGGCUAUAUUUCUUACUGUAUCACAAAAUGCAGAUGAUCACAAUUCUCUUGAAGAAGAGACCAGUUCCAGUUCCAAAUGGAUCAGCCAAGCUUUGAUAAAAGGUCCCAGUAUAGUAUAUGUACAAAUUGGUUCUCCGGUUACAUUACAAUGUGAAAUAUCUCCUUUAUCUCUUCAGUCUGGUAUACACAGAUUAUUUUUCACAAGUAAUAUGAAACCUGUAGUACGAUGGUUGCAUAACGGUGAAGAACUCUCGUUUGAGUUCACAAAGGAUAAUAUUACAGUCGAGACUGAAUAUAGGGAUAAAGAUCAAAGAAUAUUCAGCAGAAUCCGUAUUUCUUCGGUGUCAUUGGGAGAUGGCGGACAAUAUACGUGUAUGCAACCAUCUGUAAAACCAGACAGUGUAAAGCUGAUUGUGGUGGAAGCUGAACAUUCCGAAGCAAUGCAAAGAGAUUCUCCAUCCUACUCAUCUGGUAUUCCAUUGAGGAAUCGGAAAUACUUCGUGCUUUAUUUAUUAUUUCUUUUUACAUUUGUCUAAUUUAGGAAAAUCUGCUAAUAAAUAUAUUUUUCCAUAUGA